AUGGAAGAGUGGCAAAUCCAGCCACAAACGAUGAAUCCUACUGGGCCAUUGGGGCGGGGCUCCCGUGGGAAGCUCGACCUCGCGAAAUGCGAUCACUGCCGUAAAGAUAGAAAGAAGUGCACACCACAACCACGCCAAUGGCCUCAGAGAUGCGAUCGUUGCGAAGACAAAGGCUUCAAGUGCUCGCCCAGCACACAGGCUCGCAAGCGAAGAAGAGAAAACCCAAGAGGCCUCCUGCUCUCGGCAAGCUUCCUUCCUCAGGACCGCCCAUCGACUCAUCCUUACUUCAGGUCGGACGCGAUUAGCUUCUUGAAGAUUUUGUAUCGAGUGAGAACGAAAAUAUCCCUUUGGGAAAAGGAUCUAGGUACUAUAUACGUGCGGGAGGACAUUACAACCCUUUGCAACAUCGGGUGUGAAUUCGUUACUGUCAUAGAGACUCUCCAUGAGAAUCUCCUCGAACACAUCGCUUCUAAAAUUGCUGGUCUUUCGACCGGACAAAACGAUUCGCAUAACACGGCGUUAGAGGCCUCCAGAUUACACCUUGCGGCCUGCAGCAUCCUGCAAGCCAAAAACACCGAAUGGAAUGAGAAAGACUACGAAUCUUUCUCUGUUACCGAAUCCACCCUCAUCAAUUCGAUGAUCAAGAGUAACCUUCUCAACGACGAGAUAGGUGCUGUUUUGAUCUUGGAGGAUGAGCUUUUGGCCAAGAGGGCACAUAACCGCAAAGACAGCUUACAUGCCGUCGAAACCCUCGCCAGUCGAUUUGAAAAGUUCCGUCCUGUCAUGGAGAAACUCUGGAACUGGUGCACGGUGCCAUCCAAGGCAACUAAUCUACGGUACGGAGGGAUGUCUGUAAUUGAAAGGUUUCGAAAUGCUUCCGUCAUUGACGUCAAUGCUACUUGGAUUCGAACAUUGGUCAUGGAAAAGGCUACCUGGAGCCUGCAGGACUGUCUUGGCGCCCCCAUUCUGCAUGGUAUUCUUCGAGGACUUGGUCGAGGGCUGUGGACCCCAUCACGAGAAGAGGAAAAGUACCUAUACAGCAACAUUGGCCCUUACUGUGCCCAACACAAUCCGGCAGACAUUCUCGGUCGCUCUGCCAUACACAUUGCCGCUCAAUACAACGUACCUGGAGCUGUCACAGCUCUACUUGAGUCAGGUAUCAAUCCCGACCAGGAGGCCGACAACGGGAUGCUCGCACUGCACUUGGCAGCCGCCUCAGGACAUUUGGAGGCUUGCAAAGUUCUCCUGAACCAUGUCGAGAAAUUCUGGUCCUUUGAUCACCUCGACAUGACUGCUCUAGACUAUGCUUUACGCAAUGGCAAUCGGGAUAUUGUCAGGCUUUUAUUGGAGAAUGGCAAUGGGGAUUACGCCGUCGCGAGCAUUUCGUGGAUGGCACUAACUGCUGCAAUGGGGCAAUGUAAAACCUUUGGUGUGUGCACAGAGGUUUUGAAUUGGUACGAAAUGGCAUUUUCCCCUGCCUCCCUUGACACUUUCCAGGAUGACAGUGGAGAUACGGUGUUACAUGUCGCAGUUCUUGCGGGCAAUCUCGAGGUUGUUCAGGAGCUUGCAAAACGGAGUGCCAAGUGGCGCCGGGGCUCGAUCAACCUACAAGAUGAAGACGGCCGAACAGCGCUAUGCUUAGCGGUGCGGACACAAAGAGGAAAGGACUGGUUAGCUAUCAUCCGGACUCUUUUAGGGAUUGAUGGGAUUGACAUCGACGUUCGGGAUCACAAGGGAAAGGCGCCAAUGGAUUAUGCAAAAGAAUACGAACUAUCUCUUGUGGUGCGCAUGUUGGAAAAUAAGCAGAAUGCAUCAACUCGAGGAGAGGCCACCAAUCCCAGUCAACACUGCCUGCAGACAACUCAUUCUGUGCCAGAGGGUGUCGCUUUACCUAUACCUUCGCAGCAACCACUUCACCUCCUGCCUCCUCUUGCUUCAGAACCAGGGUAUUGGUCGCAAGGUUAUUCUCCUCAUUUCUCCCAAGACAACAACAACAACAACCAACCAUUCUGA